AUGAUGUCCAAUGCUUCCUCUAUCUGCCAGCCCAAUUCCAAGAAGCCCAAACCACCGGGAACGUGCGCUUAUACAAAAUGCAACCGUAGAUUAGAGCCAGGUGAUAGCAAAUACACCUCCUGCAAGAAGUGUCGUGAACAGGAUAACGAGAGGAAACGUCAGCGAAGAAAGCAACAGAAAGCCGACAAUCCUUCACUUUCUCCAAUCCUUGCAAAUCCAAAGAAUCACCAUGUCCGAACAUUGGACCCUGCUACAAGCCAGCGACCAGAAGCUGAGAGUGAAAGUGGAUCUGAAGUAGAGGCUUCAAGAAUGUCAGCUCAAAGAUUUCCAAACCCUGACGAAAUGUUCACUGCUCUACGCAAGUUGUCACGUCAAGGCACCAUAAUUGACUUUUAUGGACAAUACACCCUACCUAUAGAUCCGAUGGUCUCCGACAAGGAACGGGUGCAGCUGACAAUGAGAGAGGCCUGGGGCGUAACUGGAUAUCGAUGGACCGUUCACAGCAAUCGGAAACUCCAAAAUGGUCAUAAGACUAAGGCAUGGUGUUCACAAGAUGCCUGUCGGAAGAAGGCCCCAAAGCCCAGACAGGGGGAGAACAUCAAGCAUAGAGACAAUGUUGGGAUGCACCGUUUUGAAUGCCAGAGCAGUCUGCUCGCAUCGUGCAAGGACCAGAGGAAAGGCAGUCACAUUGUCAAACUCGUGUCUCUCCGAAUCCGGCACUGUAACAAACAUGUACCUUAUUAUGAUGUUUCAAUGCCAAUAGAGGCAUUAGACGUUAUACGGGAAAGCCUCGAAUGGUCAACACCCUCUUCGUUGGCAGCCAAGAUACAAGCAGAGCACCCAACGGUAACUGCUGCACAGAUACACCGUGCAUGGGCAGCGAUGAGUGAAGAAAUCUGGAAGAAAGAUCCAAAUCAGCUGUUAUCCGUGCAGAAAGUGCUAGAGGAACACCAAAACAUUGUUGACGUCUUUGAGGUGGAAGCCAUACCUGACGUGGAACAGAUCUGUUGGGGUCUCAAGAUUAUAGCAGAGAAGUUAACUGUCAAGAAGUCAGUUGUAGAGAUAGCUAUGGAUGCGACAUACAACACAAAUUCUAUGCACCUUGAACUCUACUGUAUAAUGGCGGAAUUUGAUAACACUGGCUUUCCCCUCUCUUAUUGCCUGUUAUCGACAACAAAGUCAGCGACACCACAAAAAAGGAUAAAUUCACUUGAGCGCUGGGCUGUACAUAUCCGCGACCGUUAUCACAUCAACCCCAAGUUCAUCAAUGUCGACAAGGACUUAGGCGAGAUUGGAAUGGCACAGAGAGUCUGGCCCGAUGCUAGAGUUCAGAUCUGUGGAUGGCAUAUGAAGAAAGCCAUUCGUGAGCGACUCGUCAAAACAAAACUUUCCACGACGCCUUACAAUCCGGUUGAAGCAUGGAAGUCAUUUUCCUUCAUCGACAUUUUCUUUGUACCUCCUAGCCACCCUGAUCUCGGAGAGCGAGAAGGUGGACGCGAGGGAGGGGGCCGUGACAGCACUCUUGACGACCCCGAGCCAGAUCAAGAAGAAAAACCUAAUCCGAAUGCAUUAUACAUUCAUCUGCCUGCGACGCAAAAGAAAAUUGGUCAAGACUUACCUGAUUUGGCAUCGUUACCACCAGACAUAACAUUGAAGAUCCGAAUUCCGGCCCUGAAGUCCACUCAAGGACAGAAUAGUGGACUUGAGGACACCCCGAAACGAGUCUUCUGUCCAGCCGAACUACGUGAUGUGGUGAUCGCAAGAAUAAAUGAUCAUCGGAAUGCUCAUCCACUCUUGCCUGGCAAAACCGCACCCACACCUGAUGGUAUAUAUUACUGGGCUGUCAAUAGUAUGUAUGAGUUCUGCGUUGAACAUGACUUGCGGGAGUUGUGGGCGUACCUCUGGGAGAACUGGUAUCGUCCAGCCCGGUGGAAGUUAUGGGCUCGUGCUGUCGUCUCCGAAAUACCUCGCCUCAACACAACUAUGAUAAUGGAGAGUCAUUGGCGCCAUAUCAAAAACGACUUCCUUCACCAUUUCAGCAAGCCACGUCUAGAUCUGUUGGCAUGGAUCCUUAUAACAAAAUUAGCACCAUCGUACUAUCGAAAACUAGACAUAAUGCAAGGAGAUAUUGGUCGGUACCGAUUCAGUUGUGCCUGGCGAAAACCGUUCAAAAAUGCAUGGAAGGAAUGCGAGAAAAAACACAUACCCGAGCCCCAAGGCACCUUUGAAUACCGCACCAAUGUCAAACGAUGGGUAUGCACCUGCCGUGCGCUUGCCAAAAGCCGCUUCUUGAUUUGCAAGCACCUAGUUCAAGCAGUGAAGCCUGUACCACCACAUUUCUUCCUCGAAGUAACACGUAACCGGACUGCACCAAUAUGGUCUCACCCAUCUUUGGUGCCUCUGAAAGAUGACGGUGAUGAGGAGCAAAUUCUCGGGGAUUCAGAUAGAAAUGUGGGAGCUGGAGAUGAAUCAGAUGAUGAGGGAAAUAUAACUGAUGAUGAAGAUGAUUACCGGGUGCAGGCAGAACAACGAUUAUCCAGUAACUCAACCUUCCAAGAGCGGAUGACUUACAUUAUACAAGGCAUAAACAGCUUUGCUGGUGGACUCGCAUAUCAGAUGCAGUUUCGGGAUGAGAGGUUCCUUACACGACUGGAGUCUCAAGGCAAAGGUUUCUUCAGCCUUAUGGAAACGUGCCUUGAGAAGGAACGCCGAGAGAACAGCUCUUGCGCCUGCAACCCAGGGACUUGGAACCCUCAAUUUUCGUCUGCCAUGUUCUACCGCUCAAGGCACCCUGACACCUAG